CUUUGUUUCUUAUCUUCGGUGAAGGUCGAGCCGAGAUCGUUGAUACAUUAUUCAAAUUGCUGUUCGAGCGCAACACGGGAAGUUAUCUGAAUAUUCGCGACCUAUUCGUGUUCCUCUCUGCCAAAUGUCUACCCGACGGAAGCAGCCGGUGUCGUCUGCGGCCGCCAGUGGUGGAAACGCUGUCGACAAGUUGAAGCAGGUCGAUUCCGAUUCUUCACACGUAACAGGACGAUUAUUGCAUUGGAAUGAGAUUCCAACGUGGCAGCAUGACAACGAAUUCAUACUAUCGGCCUAUCGGCACACUUCUGGCUCAAUAUGGACAUCAUUUGAGAGUCUUCUCUACUUAAACAACCAGACGAUAAACUCUUAUUCACACUACCUUGGAGCGAUUGUAUUCGCCCUAUUGCCUCUUUAUUUUCACUAUGCUAUACAACCAACAUCACCAUACGCUCGGACUGACGACCUUAUCGUGGUUGCCAUUUACUGUUACGGAGUGUCAAUCUGCUUCACUCUUUCAGCGACAUUUCAUGUCCUUUGCAACCACAGCUGUUCCGUUGCCUUGUAUUGGAAUAAACUUGAUUACUUAGGAAUUCUCGUCUUGAUGUGGGGAGCCGGGAUUCCAACUAUCUACUAUGGAUUCCUUUGCAAUCCAUAUCUUCAGCGAAUAUAUUGGUCGAUGACAACAGGCACGGCGCUGUGCUGCACUUACAUGACCCUACAUCCGCAUUUUGCAUCACCUGCCUUCCGACACUGGCGCGCCUGUUUCUAUGCUGGUUUUGGAUUCAGUUCGAUUAUCUUCGUGAUCCAUGGGCUGCUCUUGUUUGGAUGGCAGGUUCAGAAAGCACGCAUGUCGUUGGUCUACAUGGGCUGGAUGGCGACAGCAAAUAUCACAGGGGCAUUAAUUUACGCGGCGCGUAUCCCUGAACGGUGGGUACCAUAUCGAUUUGAUAUAUGGGGCGCCAGUCACCAAACGUUCCAUGUGGCGGUCAUGGUCGCAGCUUGGAUACAUUUCCGCGGGCUCGUACAGGCAUUUCAAAUUGUGAGAUCUAUGCCUGAAACGUGUUGAUAUCGACGAGAUAUGUGUGCAUGUUAUCAAGGAGUUUCAUUGAAACCUGGAAGCGCAUGGAUCUCGGAGGGGUUUGUUGUGUUGAGAGUUGAUGAUGACAUAAAAGGGGCGGAACGUUUUGACACACAGACGGUGCUUUCCCCACCAAAAGUUCGGGCAUUCCCAGGGAUUUCCAAGAUUUUGUUUGAGGAAUGCAGGAAAGCUCGAACGGUUCGGACCCUUUAACGCAAGCCGGACCCUGACUACUGUGAGAGAGCCCUGGAGAGCUUGCGGGAGGAGCUCCAAGGAAUUGUUUACAUGUUACAAGUAUACUAUAGAGUUGUUUCUACCUAGAAAUAAUAACAACAUCCUGUUCCAAUA